UAUCGCUCUUCAUUCCUUUCUCUUUCUCCUCCGUUCACGAUCUAGCUCUCCAACUAUCCAACCACCUAUCAUCAGUACACACCGCACCACACCGCCUCACGAAACCAUGUCGCACACAGUCAUCCGCGCGCUCCCGUUCACGACGCACAUCGCAGCAGGCGGCGCGCGCCACAUCCUCGCGCGCGACCAGGCCCGUGCGCGCAAGAUGCUCGACGGCAUCUCGCCGCACGGCCCCGCCGCGUUUAAGCAGCGCAGCUUCGCCGCGCACCACCACCACCACCAUCGCCAUCACCAGCAGCAGCCGGGCGGGACGGGUGUGUCCGCGCCGACGGGCCCCGCAACGGGCGCGGGCACGGGCGCCACUGGGUCCGUCGACGUCACUGAUGCAGCGGUGACGUACACGAUGGACGUGGGCGUCGGGUCGCCGCCGACGUCGUACACGCUCCUGAUCGACACCGGGAGCUCGAACACGUGGGUCGGCGCGGCCAAGGCGUACGUCCCGACGUCGACCAGCACGGACACGCGCCAGAGCGUGAAUGUCAGCUACGGCUCUGGAUCGUUCUCUGGGACCGAAUACACGGACGAAGUGACGCUCGGGCCGGGCCUCGUUAUCCAGAACCAGUCGAUCGGCGUCGCAUCGACCGCGUCCGGCUUCAAUGGCGUCGACGGAAUCCUGGGGAUUGGCCCCGUGGAUCUGACGAGCACGACCGUCAGCGGAGCGACUAGCGUGCCCACUGUGACGGACAACCUGUUCGCGCAAGGGACGAUCCCCGCCGAGUCCAUCUCGAUCUCCUACGUCCCGACCACCGCCGCGGGCGUCGCCAAUGGCGAGCUCACGUUUGGGGGAAUGGACGCGACCAAGUUCACCGGCCAGAUCACGUGGGUUCCGAUCACGAAGACUUCCCCUGCCAGCCAAUACUGGGGUAUCGAUCAGACCAUCACCUACGGCACGAAUGGAAGCCCGAUUCUGGGCCUGACUGCUGGGAUCGUCGACACCGGCACGACGCUGCUGAUGAUCGCCACGGACGCCUUCAACGCGUACAAGCAGGCCACCGGCGCGACCCUCGACAGCGCCACGGGCCUGCUCACCGUGACGCAGUCGCAGUUCGACAACAUGCAGAGCCUGUUCUUCGCCAUUGGAGAUGUGAGCUGCAAUUUCUACGUCCGGGAUUCGGCUGAUCGAACGUCUGUGCAGCAAACCUUCGAGCUGACGCCGAACGCGCAAAUCUGGCCCCGCGCACUCAACUCCACGCUCGGUGGCCAGGACGGCCAGAUCUACCUGAUCACGGCUGAUCUCGGCAGCAAUAGCGGAUCAGGACUCGACUUUAUCGAUGGAUUUGGUUUCCUGCAGCGGUUCUACUCGAUCUUCAGCACCACCAACUCCGCGGUCGGCUUCGCGACGACUCAGUUCACGGACGCGACGACGAACUGAGCGGCGGACUGCCAUGUCAUGUACUUACCCCCAAGAAGGAUGGACUGUAUAACGAACUUUUUGUAACUCAGGACGCUCUUAUUUGUGUACAGCAACCGUGCUAUGAAUGAACUAUCCAUUUCGGUGCCACA